AUCUAACCGUUAGGAGAGACGGCAUGCAUGUUUUACGAAAAGGAAAACAUUUUCUCCCAAAUCAAUUGAUCUCUCCGUGACCUAGUUUUCUAUUUUCUCUCUUCUUGACUUUCGGGAACUCUAUCAAUCGACGCUUCCACAAUUUGCUGAAACAGCAAAUCCCUUCGAAUUUUUUCAGAUUACGGAUCUAGCUGGUCAGGGCUUCUCGCUCGCCGUCGAGUUGUAUAACAGAAACAGAGAAUAAAGGCUUCAUUCAAGAAGAAGAGACUUUGAACAAGAUUCAAGUGAUGAAGCGUGAUUAUGAUGAGACGAAAAUGAAGGAGUUAGAGCAGAUCAGCGUGACAACUUAUAACAUCACCUCAAACGCAAUGAUGAUAACACAGGUUGAAACAGUAGCUCAGUUUGGUGUAAUCUUUCUCCUUUUUGCUUUAGGAUUAGAAUUUUCUGCAGCAAAGCUUCGUGUAGUUCGUGCAGUAGCUAUUCCAGGAGGUCUUCUUCAAAUAUUUUUGUUCAUGUGCUUGAGUGGGAUAACAGCCUCGUUAUGCGGUGGUAAACUAACAGAAGGAAUAUUCGUAGGUGCUUUUCUUUCGAUGUCGUCAACAGCGGUGGUGUUGAAAUUUUUAAUGGAAAAAAAUAGCAUAAGUGCUCUACAUAGCCAGAUAACCGUUGGAACACUUAUCCUUCAGGAUUGUGCUGUGGGUUUGCUUUUUGCUCUCCUUCCGGUUCUUGGUGGCACAUCUGGUGUCCUUCAAGGAAUGUUGUCCAUGGCUAAAUCGUUGGCUAUUUUGAUUGCGUUUUUGGCUGCUUUGUUUGUACUGUCACGUACCUGGGUACCAUGGUUUCUAAAACUUAUGACAAGCCUUUCUUCUCAGACUAACGAGCUCUACCAGUUGGCCGCUGUAGCAUUUUGUUUGCUUGUUGCUUGGUGUAGUGACAAGCUCGGUCUAAGUCUUGAGCUGGGUUCCUUUUCGGCAGGAGUGAUGAUCUCAACAACGGAUCUCGCCCAGCAUACUCUUGAACAAGUAGAACCAAUCCGCAAUUUUUUUGCAGCGCUGUUCCUUGCUAGUAUUGGAAUGUUGAUACAUAUGCACUUCUUGUGGAACCAUGUUGAUAUUCUGGUAGCAGUUGUGUUACUGGUGAUAGUGAUAAAGACCGUGGUCGUUGCAAUCGUUGUUAACGUCUUUGGAUACUACUUGUUGGAAUGUCGCUUGCGCAGAUUGGGGAAUUUGCUUUUGUUCUGCUAAGUCGAGCAUCUAAUCUUCACCUUAUUGAGAGCAAACUGUACCUCCUACUUCUGGGAACAACUGCUCUAAGCCUGGUAACGACACCAUUUCUAUUAAAGUUGAUACCGGCUGUUGUACAUUUAGGAGUGCUCUUACGGUGGUUCUCUCCCGAUAACUGAGAUUCUUAUUUGGGAACAUUGUCCCUUGCUGCCUCCUUGGUUCGAAAAGGCGUGUGGCGAGAAGAAGCGAAGAGACUGGCGCUUAGCGCCUAGCGCCACGGCGCCACAAAGGAAGCGCUUCAUGUAUCCUGCAACAAGAAGAAAGAGAACUCUAAUACUGACAUUAUUAAAGCACUGAAGACUAAGAGAAAGAUACUUACCGCAAUGCGUUGAUCCCACCAAGCAUCCGACAUCUCCAACCUUCCCAAAGCAUCAUAGACAAGCCCGGUUCUAUUGUGGGUAAGCUUCUUGAACUUGACAUAUGCUUUUCUACUAAUAUCAACCUUGUUCUUAAACCUGUCCCAUAUCCAUCUCUUACCAAAUUUCUCUUCAAACUUAUUUACGAUGAACUCUCUUCCAGCUAGAUUCAUGCCACUCCUUGGUCUGUUCCCUUUCUUUUUCUCAUCAGCAUAAAGAGCAAAGAAAUACCUAACUUCUUCAUCGGUCCAUUUCUAAAUAACAAGUCUCAUCAAUAGACAAACAAGCUAAACUAGCAGAAAAAACUAUCACAAAAGAUCUAAGAAACUAGAACUGCCUAAAACACUUACAUCAUCAGCCAUUCUUCUUAUCUUGUCUUGUUGUGAUUUAUGUCCAACCUGAGAAGAUAAUACAGACAUAAAUGAUGAGACUUGCAGACACAUAUUUCAUCACUACUACUAAACUGAAACAACAAUCUAUCAAAAGCACACAAAAUUUGACUCUUGUUCCAAACAUCGAAGCUUUAUUCAGACCAAACUAUAAACUACUUGAAAGCAAAUGCAAGAACACUUCGUCACAUACCAAAAAGAACUCAAACCCAUGUCUGAAAACAUUCACAGGAACUCAAACCCAUGUCUGAUAAUCGGAUUAAAAACAAAGAUUUGAUAAUCAAAAUCUUAAAUCUAAAAGCAACCCAUAUCAAGAAUCAAAAAACCCAACAGUCAACUUAAUUAAUCUAAAGGUUCCAUUAUCCUCACACAAAACG